AUCAUGGUUAACAAGGAGGAAUUGGAGGAAAGGCUGAGGAAACUUCUGGUGAGGCUGAGAACCCCUCAAGAAGACAGACAGCUGUGCACACUGAUCCAGAUCAUCCAGGAUCUGCUUUUCCUGGCACACACCGACUAUGCAGCUGAACUGUUCGAAGACAAAGAUGUCCAUGUGCCUCUCAUGGUGAUGCUGUCGUCCUACAUCAGCAGCAGAGGAGUUCAGCAGGUGGGCUGGUCACUGCUGUGUCGGCUGAUUGAAAUAUGCCCCGGUACGCUGGACCAGCUAACGAGACCUCUGCAGGCAGCCAAGGAGUGGGAGGUACUGGGAGUGCACCAGCAGAUCCUGAAGGUGCUGUCUCAGUACAGCGCAGACUGCAGAGUGACCAUGGUGGGACUACGUGCCCUGGCGCUCCUGCUCAGAUCAGACAUGAUUCCCCUGCUGGUGCUGGAGGAGGAGGAGGAUGUGUUUGGCCUGGUGGUGCACGCGAUGAAGACGUUCCCGACCAGUGAAGAAGUGCAGCUCCAAGGAUGCAGAGCUCUGCAGUUCCUCCUGGAGAGCGUGAGCGAUGACCACCUCAUGGAGUUUGUGGAGAACCGGGACCAUGUUGUGGUGUUGGCGGCGCUCCAGAGGUUCCCGGACAGCUCCGAGCUGCUGCUGCAGGCCAUGAAAGUGCUGCUGCCACUGGCUCGCCCCGGCAGUAACGUGGAGAUGCUGAUGUCAGGAGGCGCCCGGUGCUACAGCGUGAUCAUCGCCGCCAUGGACGCCUUCCCCGACGUGGAGGAGCUGCAGGAGACGGCCUGCUGCCUGUUCAUGAGGUUUACAUCAGAGAGUUACUACAACAUCCUGGUGCUGAACGGCGUCCAGAGAGUUGCAGUGAGAGCCUGUCAGACUUUCCCCAACAACGCCGCGCUGCAAGCAGCCGCUCUCUCCUGCCUGGCUGACCUCACUGCAACCAUCGUGCAGAACAAAGCGGUGGCCGAGCAGGGUCUGGAGGAAGGAGAGGCGGAGGAGAACAGGGGUAAAGAGGAGGUGGAGGACAUGGGCCUGGGCUGGAUGGAGGCCUGCUGUGCGGCACUGGAGCUCCACGCUGCUGAGCCAGCGGUUCAGGAAGCUGCGAGCUGGGCCAUUCACAAUCUGUUACUGCACGGCGCUGCAGUCCACCAAUCAGAGGACGAGCAGGAUGAGAGGACUCCGGUUCACAGACAGUUGAUGGCGGCCAUGCUGCUCCACUCCUCCUCUCCCAGCGUCUUUAAAGCUGCUACCAGCGCUAUUGCCACACUCAUUACUCACAACGGUAAAAUGCGUUCUCUGCUGCUGUCCAGCGGCCUCCACGUCAACCUGGUAGAGAUGAUGAAGAGACAUUCAGCCUCAGCAGAAGUUUCCAUCAGCGCCUGCAAACUGCUCAAACUGCUGUUCCAGGGAAGGUCAGCCAGUCUGGAUGACUUAAACAUGGCCAUGAGUCAGAUCCUCAGCACCAUGAAGGUCCACAACUUCCAGCCGGAGGUUCAGCUGGAGGCUCUUCAGGCCAGCCUGGUCUUCCUCUGCCCAGACAGGAGCCUAAGGGAGCACGGCACCUCGGUCGCAGAUCCCGACAUGGCCGACGUGUCGCUGAAGGUCCUGAAGAACCAGUGUGUGGUGGAAGGAGCUCACACCCUCUACCUGGAGGUUCUCAACAGGUUCAUCAGCAGCCCGAUCAUUCAGAGGUGUGGCCUGAAGGUGCUGUCUGCUCUGGCUGACUGCUCCGGUGCAGUGGACCUGCUCUGCCAACAGGGGGCCAUAGACACGGUGCUGCAUACACUACAGAUGUUCCCACAGGAACGAGAGAUACACUACUGGGGCCUGACCCUGCUCAACUACCUCGUAACCAAGAAGAAGCUGUCGAGGAUGAUCGUGCCUGUUCUCGCCUCCGUUGUGGUCGUCUCCCUCAUCCAGUACAGAGAAGACUCGGAGAUGCUCCUGAAGUGUUUUCAGGUGGCCCUGAGGAUGCUUGAUGCGUGUUCAGGAGCAGCUGCUGAACUGCAGAGAGAAGACUUUGACAGGCAGAUCUUCCAACACCUCAGGGAUGAGACUCCAGACCAGAGCAACAGCCCGCUGCGGAGGUCGGUAUGCCUCGCUCUGUCUAAGAUGUGGUGCGACCCGGAGCUACACUACAGCAUGCUGGAAAAGGCCUGCAAGGACGGAGACACGACGAUGGCCGAGUGUCUGAUCGAGCUGGGCGCCGACAUCAACAGGAAGACGAAGACGGAGUCUCUCAUCUACCAGGUGUGUGAAAGGGGCGGGCCUCUGGAGCUGGUGGAGCUCCUGCUCAGCCGAGGCGCGCACGAGCAGCAUCUGCGCAGGGCUCUGGCCGUGAGCGUGAAGCGCGGCGACGGACCCACGGUCAUUCAGCUCCUGGGCCGUCUGGGUCUGGACCUCAACAACAGCGCCCUCUGCUUGGGGGGCUUCAGGCUGGGGCGCCUGGACGCUGCGUGGCUCAGCCCCCUGCUGGCCGAAAGAGGAAGAGCGCACAGUCUACGUUACAACAGCAGUAAAGGUAUGAGUUUGGCCAGGUACAUUCAGUCUCUCCAGAAGUCCAAGAGCGUCAGCGGUCCUCCCAGGUCGAUGGCCGACCCCUGUCUGACCUCUGGCUACAUUUCCGACGAGAGCGACGACUCCAGCUUCAGCUUCGUCUCCAUGGACGACAGCUUGUUUUUCAACGACGACAUGGAGAGCGACGGGAGUGAUUCACUGCCAGGGGUUCUUUCUCAAAAACCGCAUAAUAAUUCGACAGAGGAGCUGAGGGGGGGGUCCUUUAAGAGAAAGCAGGGACGUCGCAGACAUGCCAGUGCCGAGAGCGGUCAGACCGAGAGUGAACACAGUGAGUCUGUACACAGGAGAUAUGGGAGGACUGGCUCCACCCACAAAGUGUUCGGCUCUAGUGAAAGCUCCGCCCCUCUGCCCAAAGAGCGGGAGAGGAUCCGCCUGCUGGACCUGUCGGGGAACGAGUUGGACUCUCUGUCCUGUCUGAUGGACGACAGCUUGGUGCAGCAGCAGCUGGGGUAUCUCCUCCGCCUCGACCUGUGCAACAACAGUCUGCUGGAGUUUCCUUCAGCUCUUUGCCAGAGUCUGUACAGUCUGACUCGACUGGACCUGCAGGGCAACCAGCUGCGGUCGCUGCCGGUGGAGCUGCUGUCUCUGCCCUCGCUCAGCACGCUGAACGUCUCUCGUAACUGCGUGGGUCCCCUGCUGACCUUCGACCCUGCCGUCACCUGCCCCUCGCUGCGGCAGCUCAACUUGUCUUUCAACGAAAUCACUGCGUUUCCUCAGGAGCUGGGCCGCGCCAUGGAUCAGCUGGAGGAGCUGUUUAUGGAAGGUAACAGUAUAACUGAGCUGUGCACGCCUCUGUGUCUGCCGGAGAUCAAGCUGCUCGACGUGAGCAAGAACGGCGUGGAGAACAUUUCUCCAGACUUUCUGACCAGCUGCCCCAAACUGGAAACCUUCAGCGCCUCCAUGAACAAAAUCUGUUCCCUGUCUCAUCUGCCGUCCAAGAUCACAACACUGAAACUAGCAAACAACAGCUUCACCUAUGUCUCUGAGGCCAUACUUGAUCUUACAAACUUGAGGUCGGUGGACAUGAGAACCAACAACAUCGCUGUUCUUCCUGGCCCGGGAUUCUGGGCGUCCAGCAACCUCAGAGAGCUGAUGUUCAGUAAGAACUGCAUCGCGUCUCUGGACCUGAGCGGACCAGUCUACAAGUGGACAAGACUAGAGAAACUCCACCUGAGUGGCAACAAGCUCAGUGAGAUUCCUCCGCAGAUCGGCCUGUUGGAAGGCCUGACCUCCCUGGACAUGAGCCACAACGCUAACCUGCGCUCCUUCCCUGAUGAGAUGGGGAAACUAGGCCGACUGUGGGACCUGCCGCUGGAUGGUCUGAAGCUCCAGCUGGAUCUCAAGCUCAUUGGCAGCAAGACCAAAGACAUAGUCAGGUUCCUGCAGCAGCGGCUGAAGAAAGCAGUGCCAUACUACCGCAUGAAGCUCAUCGUGGUGGGGAAUGCCGGCAGCGGGAAGACCACCCUGAUUCAGCAGCUGAUGAAGCUGAAGCGCUCCCAGUUGAACUCGAAGACGGCCGCCGUCGGUAUCGACGUCAGGGACUGGACCAUCAGGGAGCGGGACAAGAAGAAAAUGGUGCUGAACGUCUGGGACUUCUCAGGUGGAGAGGAGUUCAGCGGCUCUCACCCUCACUUCCUGACUUCCAGAGCUCUCUACCUGGUGGUUUACAACCUCAGCAAAGGAGCCAGUCAGGUGGACGCCCUUAAACCCUGGCUCUUCAACAUCAAAGCGGUGGCUCCGCUCUCCCCGGUCAUCCUGGUGGGGACACACACAGAUGUGAGCGACGAGCUGCAGCUUCAGGCCUGCCUGACCAAGAUCAAAGAGGAGCUGCUGAACCACCAGGGUUUCCCCGCCAUCACCGACUAUCACAUGGUCUCCGUCUGCGAGGACUCGGACGCCAUGGCCAGACUCCGCAAGGCCAUCGCCAGAGAGGUCGCCAGCUUCAGGAUCCAGGGCCAGCCUGUGAUGGGCCAGCUGGUUCCGGACAGCUACGUGGAGCUGGAGCGCCGGGUUGUCGUGGAGAGGGCCAGGGUUCCCUCGGAGUUCCCCGUCAUCAGGCACCGGGAGCUGCUGCAGCUCAUCCAGGAGAGUCAGCUGCAGCUGGAGGAAGCUGAGCUGCCGCACGCCGUCCACUUCCUCAGUGAAGCCGGGGUUCUGCUGCACUUUGACGACCCUGCACUUCAGCUCCAAGAGCUCUACUUUAUCGACCCACAGUGGCUGUGCAACAUCAUCUCCCAGAAACUGAAAUUAAAGAGCUGUGGCCUGUGGGAACAUCCCAAAGGAGUUGUUCAGCGCUCGGUUGUGGAAAAGUUCCUUUUUGAGACCAAAUGUUUCCCGAAGAGCCACCUGACGCAGUUCUUCAAACUGCUGGAGAAGUUCCAGAUCGCGCUGCCGUUCGGAGAGGAGCAGCUGCUCGUUCCCAGCAAUUUGUCCAAACACAGGCCGGUGAUCGAGCUGCCUCACAGUGAGAACUCGGAGGUCAUAGUGCGUCUUUAUGAGAUGCCGUACUUCCCCAUGGAUUAUUGGUCUCGGCAGAUCAGCCGCCUCCUGGAGGUUUCGUCGUACUUGCUCUGUGGAAGAGAGAAAGUUGUGCGACCCAACCGGAUCUACUGGAGGAGAGGCAUUUACCUGAGCUGGUCCCCUGAAGCGUACUGUCUGGUGGAGGCGGCGUCGGUGGAGGAGAACCCCUCCAGCUUCGUCAGGAUAACUGUCCCGUCUUCCCGCAGAGGCCGGGUGUUGAUGGGUCAGGUUGUGGAUCACGUGGACUCCCUGCUGGAGGAGUGGUUUCCUGGCCUGCUGAACACCGACAUGCACGGCAGCGGCGAGGCUCUGCUGAAGAAGUGGGCUCUGUACAGCUUCGAGGACGGCCAGGAGUGGAGCAAGAUCCUGCUGGAGGACCUCUUCACCUAUUUCGACAACGAUUUUCUGCUGGUGAACCCAGAGGACCCUCGGUGCACACUGCCCAUCUCUCAGAUCGCUCCUGACUUGGUGCUGAGUGAUCAGCCUGCAGGAACGAUACUGGACAGCGAGGAGCUGGAUGUCGACAUGUCUAAGGAAAACAGACUGGGGGACGGCGGCUUUGGAACCGUUUAUCGAGGUGUCUACAAAAACGAAGAAGUAGCCGUGAAGAUAUUCAAUAAACACGCAUCUGAGCUUUACAUCUACAGACUCCUCAGACAGGAGUUGGCGGUGUUGGGUCGCCUCCGUCACCCCAGCCUGGUCGGCCUGCUGGCGGCCGGCUCAACUCCUCAGGUCCUGGUGAUGGAGCUGGCUCUGCGCGGCUCGUUGGACUCCCUGUUUGAACACGAGAACGGCAGCCUCAACUGGAAGCUCCAGCACAGGAUCGCCCUGCAGGUGGCUGACGGACUCAGGUACCUUCACUCGGCCAUGAUCAUCUAUCGGGAUCUGAAGCCACACAACGUGCUUCUGUUCAACCUGAAGACCAACUCCGAGAUCAUCGCCAAGAUCACAGACUACGGCAUCGCUCAGUACUGCUGCAGCAUGGGAGUGAGAAGCUCAGAGGGCACUCCAGGUUUCCGAGCACCAGAGGUCGCCCGGGGUAACGUGAUCUACAACCAGCAGGCUGAUGUGUUCUCAUUCGGCCUCCUGCUCUACGACCUCCUGACCUGCGGUGAGCGCAUCUCUGACGGCAUGAAGUUCCCCAGUGAGUUUGAUGAAGUCGCAGUGCAGGGGAAGCUGCCAGAUCCAGUAGAACACUACGGCUGCUCGCCUUGGCCCGGCUUCCAGACGCUGAUGAAGGACUGUCUGAGGGAAAGUCCGCAGGACCGACCGACGUCUGCUCAGGUGUUUGAUCGGCUGAAUUCGGGGGAGAUGCUGUGUCUGAUGAAGGAGCUGGUGGUUCCCCGGGCGUUCAACGCCGAGUGCCUCACAAUGAGCUCUGCCAGCAGUGACAGUCCGUUCAGCAGCCACAGAGCCUGGCUGGGAGGGGGCAGCAGCACCAGCAGCCACAGGGUGGGCUCCAUCACAGCCGUGGACCUGGACACCAACGCAGUCAUGACACAGGACAUCGACACCAGUCCCGUCCUGUGUCUGGUGACGGUUCAAAUCCCCAACGAGGCCUGUGAUUGGCUGGUGGCUGGCACACAGUCUGGCUCCUUAGUGGUCAUCAGCACCCAGGACAUGUCGACUUGGCACCACCUGCAGAGCGUCACGGAUGCUGUCACCUCACUGUACUUCCACGUGCACCCUCGUCGAACCCAAAGAAAGAAUUAUUUGCUGGUUGGAACAGCCAAUGGACUUCUCACUGUUUAUGAGGACUCUGUUCUCAAGCAGGAAAAAGGUCAGCCGGUUAAAACUGUCACAGUGGGAAACGUCAGCACGCCCGUCAUGUGUCUGGGCCAGUCGCUGCACUCGCUGGACGGCAGGUCCGUGUGGGCCGGCUGCGGGACCAGGAUCCUCUCCUUCACCGCCGAGUACGACGUCUGCAGGACCAUCGACACCAGACCGAACCUCUUCUUCCAGCAGCAGCGAUCACUGGCUGGUGAGUCGUGUGUGUUGCGAAUGGUUGUGGAUAAAUACGUGUACCUGAACAAAGCUGGGACGCCGACGGUCGAGGUUUGGGACAAGAGGAGUGAGAGGAUGGUGGACUGCAUCGACUGCGCUCAUAUCAUCAGACAUGGCUCCGGCUGCAGAGGCCGGCAGGGCAGCGAGGCGGAGCUGCCCACCGAAGCGGCCCCCUCCUGGGCCAGAGUGAAGGCCCUGCUGGUUCAGACCGCUGCAGCUCUCUGGGUCGGCACCAGAGGGGGCCACCUGCUGCUGCUGGAGCUCUCCAAACACCAGACGCUGCAGGUCAUCGGCCCCCGCUGCGACUCCAUCCGCUGCAUCGCCUCUGCACUCAUAGAAACACUAAACUGGAAGAAUGUGGUGCUGACUUUGGGCAGAAGACUCCCACAAGACAAGAAUCAGUUUGACGAGGAGUCGGUGCUGAUGGCGUGGAACAGCACGCUGCCGAUGGAGGUCAAAGACCUGAACAGACACUGCGAGAAGAGAGAGCAGAUCGCAGCCAAAAUGAGAGAGCAGCUUCAUCACAGCUGAGCCCACAGAAUUGCUUGAGGAAAAGGGAUCAACUCUCCGGUGGACCGAUGCGUCAGCAGACGUUUUACCUCAUUUUCUGACAGCCGUACCUGAUGAGGGGAGCAUGUUGCAAUGAAUCAGUCAAAAGAAUUUGAAUCAAGAAAUCAACUUUUGUUUUUUGUUUUGGAAGAUGCACACAUUAAAUAAUGUGCCAUGUUUUACCAGAUGAGUACAAUCUUGGUUGUUUUCAAAGAGAGACAUUUGUCUAAAAGGGACACAGAUGAUCUAAUUUGUGUUGUAAUCGGAGAUGAGAGCAGUGCAGAUGUUCAGGACGACCUCCUGCUCCUAAUGAAUACUGAUUGUUGUUUACCUGUAGUAUGAUAGAAAAAAAAAACUGGAAAGAAAGCCAAAGGAGGUAAAAAAAAGAAAGCCUCUAGAAGUGUAUAUUUGAUUAUUUAUUCUCAUGUCUAUGUGUGCUUGUUUACCAGUGAGCUCAGUCACUCCACAGCAGUAAGCAGACCACAGGACUCCUCAUUAUGCUGGCGGCUUUGUACACGUUUUUUUAUUUCAUGUUACCUAAAGUCACUGUUUGUGAUGGUGUCCAACAGAACAAGAAAGUAAAUAUUAUUUUAU